AUGCUCGGCUCGUUUCGAUAUUCGAUCAAGCAAGGCCUUGAACCGGUUUUACCUGAGGAGACAGCAACAUUUCUAGCUACUGCUUGGCAGAUUGGACGACCGGUAAUACAGAAACAUCUAGGUUCCCCGUUUUGUUGGCAGACUUUUGGACCAACGGGCAAGCCCCCAAACCGGAGAACUCGAUUGCUUAUUCUAUUGUCACCCGAAGCGAAACGCAAUCAAGCCUCCAAGCCGACAUCGUACACCAAUGAGAUCACCCAAAACGGUCAAGCUAGCGAUGUUGCCUUAUCUGAAGUGUCCUCUCAGUGUUCAUCGGAUGAGAAAUCAGACAGUACCACCUUGUUUUUAAGAAACUGUGAUGAGGGACAGCUUAGGAUAAGCGACGAAGAACCGGAAAGAAUAAAAGAUAAAGUAUCUUUUAAGAGAGACAAACCUGUGAUGAGGGACAGCUUAGGAUAA